AUGCCGGCGGCAUCUACUCAGCCGCCGGUCAAGCUAUCGCUUCCUCUGCAAUUUCAACAGGACAUAUACCAUCUUCUUCGUGCAGAAGAUGUGCUGGUCAUUCUCGCCAGAGGUCUGGGACUUCUCAAGAUUGUCACCAACCUACUCCACUCGUACGAUGCGGCGGGCAACUCUCUUGUCAUCGUCGUGGGAGCAGAAGACCGCGAGAAUGAGUGGAUCGGAGAGGCGCUCGCUGAGCACUAUGCGAUUUCUCGCAGUCCGCUCGCCAAAGGUCUCCGGGUAAUCAGAACCGACAAGGCGACUGUAGCAGCGCGAGAGAAGAUGUACUCGGAAGGCGGCAUAGUCUCGGUCACUAGUCGAAUCCUCAUCGUCGACUUGCUCUCUAAGUUGCUCGACCCGGAGACGGUGACUGGGCUAGUGGUUCUGCACGCCGAGCGCGUCGUUGCCACAAGCACCGAAGCCUUCAUCAUACGCAACUUUCGACAGUUCAACAAGAUUGGUUUCCUCAAAGCCUUUAGCGACGCGCCUGAACCCCUGACCUCAUCGUAUGCGCCUCUGGCGGCCAUGAUGAGGAACCUAUUUUUGAGAAAACCCUCUCUGUGGCCCCGUUUCCACGUUUCGAUAGCGCAAAGUCUGGAGGGAAAGAAGAAAGCCGACGUGAUUGAACUGGAAAUCCCUAUGACUGACGCAAUGCGGGCAAUACAGACCGCAGUAUUGGAAUGUGUGGAAAUGAGCAUCUCCGAACUCAGAAAGGCCAAUCUUGGGCUCGAAAUGGAAGAUUGGACUUUGGACUCUGCACUGCAUACAAACUUCGACGCGGUCGUACGGAGACAGCUUGAUCCAGUGUGGCAUCGUGUCAGCUGGCGAACGAAGCAGAUCGCGAAUGAUCUUACAGUUUUACGGUCAAUCUUGCACUCACUACUGAGCUACGACUGUGUCUCCCUCCUCAAAUAUCUCGACACAGUGCAUGCCACACAUGCCCCGCCUCCCGGCUCAAUGAGACAGGAUCAGUCACCCUGGCUGUUCUCAGAUGCUGCUGGCGUCAUUUUCCAAACCGCAAAAGCUAGAGUCUACAGGGGCAAGACAGAAGAUACUGGCGCCCUACCAGCAUCCAAGCUACCUGAUUCACUCACCCCGGUUCUAGAAGAACAGCCAAAGUGGGCGGUCCUCGCCGAAAUCUUGCAGGAAAUUGAGAUCGACACCUACCUCAACCCGAGUCUACGGGACGACUCCAACGACACUGUCUUGAUCAUGUGCAACGACGAGAGAACUUGUCGCCAGGUCAAGGACUAUCUUCAGACAAUGCACGUGAAACCUUUGCCACAAGACAUGAAUGACGGUCAAGCGCCUCAUGAAGUUGAAGCAGAAGAAGAGAAGGGUUCUGCGGAAUUCAUGCUAAGAAGGAAACUACGCGAAUACCUAGGCUGGAGGAAGACAUUCGCUCAAGUCAGUGCCUCACUGUUCGAAGAGAACCAGAAAUCUCUCAACGAUAUCAAAGGAGGAACAGCUGCAGCUCGAUUGAGCAGCAAAGGACCCGCCAACAAGCGGCGGCGUAUGCGCGGUGGUGGCAGCAUGGGCAUCAACCCGUCACGCAGCAGCAACGGUGCCAUUGCUGCCAUCGAGGACAAGGCAGCACAGGUCGCGAGUCUCCUCGCGGAAUUGCGACCGACAGAAUCCGAAUCUUUCCAGAAAGAGGAUGUCAUCCUCGACGACUUGAAAGACGCCGGCGAAGACUUUUUCGAGUUGUACAGCCCGGACGAUCAGAUCGUUGUGCACCCAUACGACGGCGAUCAGGACGAUUUACUGCUUGAAGAGAUCCGACCCAAAUACAUUAUCAUGUACUCGCCGUCCACCGACUUCAUCCGGCGCGUCGAAGUGUACAGGUCGAGCCAUUCAGACCGCAGUGUGCGUGCAUAUUUCAUGUACUAUGGCGGCAGUGUCGAGGAACAACGAUAUUUGUCUGCAGUACGGCGUGAGAAGGAGGCCUUCACGAGAUUGAUCAAAGAACGGGGUUCCAUGGCCGUCACACUCACUGAUGCAGGCAGCAUCGAUCCGCAAGAAGCAUUCUUACGAACAGUUAAUACUCGAAUCGCUGGUGGCGGACGACUCGCCGCGACGGCCGCUCCUCCAACGGUCGUCGUUGACGUGCGAGAAUUCCGAUCCGCGCUGCCCAGUCUGUUACACGGCCGAAGCAUGCAGAUUGUCCCCUGUCAACUUACUGUUGGAGAUUACGUUCUCUCACCGAACAUUUGCGUCGAGCGAAAAUCCGUACGCGAUCUCAUCGCCUCCUUCAAGAAUGGAAGGCUGUUCAACCAGGCCGAGACGAUGCUCCAGUACUACAAGUACCCCUUUUUGCUCAUCGAGUUCGACCAGAACAAGAGCUUCACGCUUGACCCCUUCGCGGAUUUGACCUCGGUGGCGACGCUGAAAAUGCCAGACUCGGAUACGAAGGAUUUGCAGAGUAAACUUGUUUUACUCACGCUGGCAUUCCCGCGGCUGAAAGUCAUUUGGUCGAGCUCGCCGUACCAGACGGCCGAAAUCUUUGAGGAAUUGAAAAAGCAGCAGGAAGAGCCGGAUCCAUUGAGGGCCGUGCAAUUGGGUCUUGCUGAAGAUGAAGAUCCAGACGAGAAGACUUUCAAUACCGGGCCACAGGAUCUGCUGAGGACAAUUCCUGGUGUCAACAACAAGAAUGCGAGUCGGUUGUACCUUGAGGCCAGGAAUGUGCUGGAGGUGGCGAAUAUGACGCUCGACGAGCUGGAUCCUCAUGUGGGUAAAGAGUCGGGCAGACAGAUUGUCAGGUUCUUUACAAGGAGCGUGUUUGAUGACGAAGAGCAAUGA